AUGUCAUAAGUCAUAUAUACUAAUGAAGUUGUAAGCACUGUAACACUAGGUAACAGUUGACGAACUAUCGUGCAACAUUGGUGCAUCAUUUCUCCCUAGCUCUGUAGGUUUUGAGUCAUAUUUCAUUUCACAAGUGCAAUAUAAAAUGAGAUGCGAAAGUCGGAAUAACGAAAUAAGAGUAAUACAUGCGAACGAAUCCUCCAUGAAAUAUGAUAUAAAAUACAAUUCUACAUAUUAAACAAGAGACGAUCAAGAUAAUGAUCAAUGAAAGUCAGAGAAUAAUCAUUUGUUCUAGGAAAUGUUAAUGUCUCAUCAGACGUCAAUCGUCGAUGUAGUGUACUUGGUGUGGUGCACUGUACCAUAAGUGAAUUAAUUACGGAUCGUACGAAAUCUGUACGCAUUUCUUUAGAAAAUAGUGUUAGAGGAAUCAAUAAAAAUUGUUUAUACACAUAACAAUUGCCAUCUUCGACGAGCAGAGAUGGAUAACUGUGAAAGUGGCGAUGACUUAGGAAGCGGUUUUAUUACAGUAGAUUCCCAAAAUUAUAUGGUUCAAGAAGAACUGGAAGAUGAUCCUGAUACAGUUUUGACGGGAGAGAAUACAGAUGAUUCUAAUCAAGGUAGCAGUGACAAAACAGGAUGCCCUUUAAGGGAACAAGAUCGCUUCUUGCCUAUUGCCAAUAUAGCCAAAAUUAUGAAACGGGGAAUUCCAGAGCCUGGAAAAAUUUCCAAAGAAGCCAGAGAAUGUGUUCAGGAAUGUGUGUCAGAGUUCAUAAGUUUCAUAACAAGUGAGGCUAGUGAUCGUUGUCACAUGGAAAAGAGAAAAACUAUCAAUGGCGAAGAUAUAUUGUUUGCAAUGACUACUUUGGGCUUUGAUAACUAUGUGGAACCCCUCAAGUUGUAUUUGCAGAAGUACAGAGAGGCAGCUAAAGGAGAUAAAACUCUGGGAUCUGCUGAAAUAUAUGAAGAAGUGUCUGAUGAAGCUUUCAGUACUCAAGCAAUAGCAGGCAACAUCUUAACUACUGACCCAACGGGCCAAGCUACGGAAACUGUAAUUUAUACAUAUCCUGAUCAAAUUACACACUUUCAAUUGACAUGAGUGUUUUGCGCUUGAAGAAGAAUAAUUGGUAUUUGUGUGAAUGUGCAGGUCUUGAAAAAAGUAUUUGUAUAACAAUUCAUCGAAUUUGAAUGCUUUGUGGGCAUAUUGUCAGUAGGUUAUCUGUAAUUAUAAAUUGAGAUAAUUCUUUUUUGCUACCUUCUUGCUUUUAAAAAUUUCAAGAUGAUAUUCUCACAAAAGUGAUAUUUUCAGAUUCAUAUAUGUUUUAUUACAGUUAUAUUUUUGUAGUACCAUACUUUAUGAAUUUCUAUUUUUUGUUGUAUGCUUUGGUUCAGAUUUGAUCCCAAGUUGUUCACACAACAAUAUUGUGAAUACUACAGAAAUGAGAAUGGAUUGUCAAGCCUUUUGUGGUAAUGAUUCCUUGAGUGCUCUAAGCUAUUUUUAAUACCACUUGAUAGUGAACUAUUCUUGUAGAAAAUAUUUUGCUGCAUGCUAAUUUUUAUUCCCUGUUUCCAGUACUCAGUGGUUUUUGCUAACAUGAUAAAUUUAAUUUAAAGUUAUUUCGGAGUGGGAUUAAUAUUAAUUACUGAAAAAUAUUGAGGAAAUAAUGUUGUUUUUUUUAUUUCAAAAGGAUUUAUGUGCUUUUCUUUUCAUAUUUUUGAAAAGAUAUCAUUUUACUUUUGUAAAAUUCUUGAGACAUUAAAAUUCAAAGAUAUAGGAGUCAUUUUACUUGUGAAUACCCAAAUAAUUGAAAAGAAUACUAUAUAAAUAAAAAUUAUAUUGAUUAAUACAUUCAUAUUUUAGAAGUAUUUGAAUCAAUGUUUCAUAUGUAUUCAUAGGUAAUGACAAGAGCAGCAGAGCAAGUUUCUUCUUACAUGAUGUAUUUUUUUCUUAAAUAAGAUUAUUCAACAAUUCAUCUGUGAUACAAGUUAAUAAGUAACCAUCUUUCAGCGGUCAAUAGCAUUUCUGCUGCAACUCUAUAUAAAAAUAAGAGACUGGAAUAACCAAGUACAAUAUCAAGGAUUUUGGAAAUGAGAGAUGUAGCAAAGUGUAGUUGCUUGUGAACACUGGGGGAAUGUAUUAAGUGUUAAGAAUGUAUGUUUAUUGAGGCUAAGCUCACUCUUGUUGUUUUUACAAUUUUUUUUGUCUGAUAUUAUACCUUUUUCUUUUAUAUUUGUUUUGUGUGGAAUUAACACAUGGAAUGACAUGUUAUUGCAGUAACAAACAAGCUUUAUAAGUAAUAUGAGUCUAAUGAGCUACCUUAAAUAAUAUGAGAAAAUGUUCCUAAAAUUUCUUUGACAUUUAUUUAUGAUUUGUUUCUUGUAUGUUUCAAUAGGUUAAUGUAUUUUAUAUACAGCAGAGUGUUUCAAAAGAGGUAAUACAAAUUUGAAGUUAAAAAUAUUAAUGAUCUUUUUCUCAACCUGUUGUUGGCAGGUUCUAGUGGUCUGUGGUACAAUUUUUGUAAGCAAUGUGAGAUUACAAAUUAUUGUUUUAUUGUGACACUUUAUGCUGAAGGAUAUAAGUGGAUUCAUUACAAAUUGAAGGAUAAUGCAAUAACCUUCUGAAUUUAAGAUCAUGAGUAAUCCUCAAGUGGUGAAUAUUCAGAAAUGUCCUAAACACAGGAAUUUUUUUCAAACCUUGGGGUAUAAUUUUUCAAAUUCUGUAAAUUUUGGUUCCAUAUACUGCUAAAUGAGCAGUGCUUCUAUUAAGGCAUCAACAUACUGCCAGAUAUGGAAAGUACUCAUCUAAUUUUGUUUCAGAAAGAAUGGCAGAACUUAAUAAUGUCACAACUUUUAGACGUUUGAUUUUGUGACAAUUUUUUAAAGUUUGUUAUUCAAUAUGUUUACUUCUCAAAAUUGUUACUACUGCAUUUGAAACGUAUGUUUCACCAACUGUAUACCAACAAUAGUCUUCAACCAUUUCUCCAUUAUUAAAAUAGUUUGGACAUGUGUACAAUAAUGUACGUUUGAAUGUUUGUCCACUGUGGAAUAAUUUAUCACUAUAUGGUGUGUACCAUGUGUAUGUCAGACUGAUCUUGAAAUCUCUUUCUACCAAAGUAUUACAUAGAUAUAAAGUAAGUGCAAUACCAUUUCAUUUCAUAUUUCAUAAUUUGUUUAAAAAAUAUAUAUAUUUAUUAUAGCAUUCAGAGCAAAA